AUGGCAAACUUGUCAAAGCUUGAUUUUGUUGCCUUGGACAUUACUGAGAAGAACAACCUUACCUGGGUAGUGGAUACCAAGAUCUAUCUAGAGGCAAGAAAUCUUGGAGAAACCAUUAGGGAGGAAAACAGUGCAUCUUCUCAAGAUCAGGCAAAGGCCAUGAUCUUUAUUCGUCGCCACCUUGAUGAAGGACUAAAGAGCGAGUACCUUACAGUUGAAGAUCCAUUAGCUCUUUGGAAGGCAUUGAAAAACAAAUACAAUCCCCAGAAAACAGUGAUUCUUCCAAGAACUUGUUAUGAGUGGACUCACCUAAGGAUCCAGGAUUUUAAGUCAGUGGCUGAGUACAAUCUGCGAUGUUCAGAAUUAGCUCCCAGAUGA